AUGCCAGUCGAGCUCCGGAAGCGCAAGGCCGUGGCCCCAGCGCCAGCACCACCUGCAAAGAAAAAGGCACCCGCAAAGGCCAAGAAAGCCGACAGCGACAAGACUGUCGUCGAAAAGGUCCAAGACGCGGUCGUUGAGAAGGUCGAAGCCGUCAAGGAAGCCGUUGUAAGCAAGACUAAUGGCGCCUCGACUGCUAAGUCCACCGGCGCGCCCAAAGUCGGCGACACAAUUGACCUCGCUUCAUUCGGCGGCGAAAUCGAAACCAACGAUGGCACCAAGACGUCGCUCGCGAAGCUCGUAGAAGAAAGCAAGGCCGGCGUAGUCCUAUUCACGUACCCCAAAGCCUCGACUCCGGGAUGCACAACCCAAGUCUGUCUCUUCCGCGACUCCUACACGCCUCUAACCGCAACCGGCCUCUCCAUCUACGGUCUCUCAUCCGAUAGCCCCAAGGCAAACACCACCUUCAAGACCAAGCAGAAGCUGCCGUACUCGCUGCUGUGCGACCCCGCGCAGACUCUCAUCUCGGCCAUUGGGUUCAAGAAGGCGCCAAAGGGUACGACUCGCGGUGUCUUUGUUGUUGAUAAGCAGGGUAAGGUGUUGGCGGCUGAGCCUGGCGGACCCGCUGCAACGGUCGAGGUUGUGAAGAAACUUGUGGGUGAGUCGGAGAAGGUGCCGGCGAAAGAGGAGGUCGAGGCAAAGGAGAAGGAGGAAGAGAAGAAGGUUGCGGAGACAGCGGAUGAGGUUGCGGAUUCAGCAGCUAAAGUUGAUGCUCCCGCUGCUGCUUGA